CCAUUUCGUGUCCACUGGUUUCAAGGUGAUACUAUCAGCCUGCAGAGCCGUAAACGGAUCUUUACCUACCCAAGUAAAAACAGCGUUGAAUUUUACUAAUUUUUAGUAUUAAACUCCUGUUUUUGAAGCCUCUUUUUUGAACAGCGGCAAAUCAAAAAAAGAUACCUGCUCUUGAUAAUAACAAUGAUGUCAUCAUUAUCACCCUCGAUAAGUCACACAGGAAGGCAGACCUCCAGCAGCCCGUGUACAGACAUGAUGGACCCGAUGGCCAGUAGCAAUGUGACAAACAAGACUGACCCUCGCUCCCUGAACUCUCGCGUCUUCAUCGGCAACCUCAACACGCUGCUGGUCACCAAGGCCGACGUGGAGGCCAUCUUCUCCAAGUACGGCAAGGUGGUGGGCUGCUCCAUCCACAAGGGCUACGCCUUCGUCCAGUACGCCAAUGAGAGGAACGCACGCAACGCCGUGGUCAGCGAGGACGGCCGCAUGAUCGUGGGACAGGUCCUAGACAUCAACCUGGCCGGUGAGCCCAAACCCCACAGAUCGAAGACAGUGAAGCGCUCUGCAGGAGACAUGUACAGUUCCUCUGGAGAUUUGGACUAUGACUUUCAAAGAGAUUACUACGAUAGGAUGUACUCCUACCAGUCCCGGGUGCCUCCUCCUCCCCCUCCCCCCCUGUCCCGGGCCAUCAUCCCCUCAAAGCGUCCGAGGGUCAGUGUGAGCGGCGGAGGCAGCCGGCGAACCAAAACCAGCUUCUCCUCCUCCUCCAAGACCACCCAGAGGACCUCCCGCUCCGCGGUGAAGGUAGAUGAUCUGCAGACCAUCAAGAGAGAGUUGACACAGAUCAAACACAAGGUGGACUACCUGCUGGAGAGCCUAGAGCGCAUGGAGAAAGACCAGAGCAAGAAGUCAGGUGGGCCUCGGAGAUUUAAUGGCAAGUUUGACAAGCUUUUAAUACAGAAAAUUAUACAUAAACACUGA